AUGGUGUUCAAGGGGAGGUUCUUCUCCUCCAAGAAAUCUGACUCCUCCAACAGUCCCGAUGGCUCUAACAACAGCCCGCGAUCUUUGGGUUCCAACUCCCCGAUCAGAUCCGAUAAGAAGAAAUCCAAAUCCGCAUCCAAAGACGACCCGCAAGGCCCGACUACCAGUUCCGGUGGAGCCUUCGGUAUUGGUAGCGCGAGUCGCCAAACGCUAGUCAAAGACGGGUCAAAGAAGAAGGAGACCAAGGGCAAAGAGAGUCAAGCUCAGCUUAAAAAGCCGUCAAAGUCCGGCUCAACUGCCGCGACUUCGACUCCGAAGAAGUCGUCUACAUCGGCAUCCGCGGCGGCGGCGGCGGCGGCGGAGCCAGCAGCUUCGGUGUCUCCCAUUCUGGCUUCGUCUCUCGGGUUGAAUAGAAUAAAGACGAGAUCGGGGCCGUUGCCGCAGGAGAGCUUUUUUGGGUUUAGGGGCGACAAAGGAUCGUCUCUGGGUUCGAGUAAUUUGUCCAGACCGGGCGCUGUCGGCGAUGGGAGUUUAGGGUCGGGAAGUGGGGGGAAGAAGAAGGAGGCUGGGAGCCAGAGCAGGAUUGGGUUCAAUGAGAAUUUGGCAAGUGGGAGUUGGGUUGAUAAUGGCAGUAAUUCGGAUGCUAUGUCAACUGGUAGCGUGCCUUCGAGAGACCAGAGCCCCAACAUGCUGGCACCGUCGCGGCUACAGAACGGUGGCGAAUCCUCAGCGGAAGCUGGGAGAAACACAUCAUCCUGGGGUCACUCUGGAGGCUUAAGAAGUUCGGAUGUAUGUACACCAGAGACUGCAUAUGAUUGUGAAAAUCCCAAGGAGUCCGAAUCUCCUCGCUUUCAAGCAAUACUCCGUUUAACGAGUGCACCUAGAAAGAGGUUUCCUGCCGAUAUAAAAAGUUUUUCCCAUGAACUGAAUUCAAAAGGUGUACGACCUUUCCCAUUUUGGAAGCCUCGAGGCUUGAACAACCUAGAGGAAAUCUUGGUUGUCAUUCGGGCAAAGUUUGACAAAGCAAAGGAAGAAGUGAACUCUGAUCUGGCUAUAUUUGCAGCAGAUUUAGUUGGAAUUCUUGAGAAAAAUGCAGAUAAUCAUCCAGAGUGGCAGGAAACCCUUGAGGAUUUGCUGGUUUUGGCUCGAAGUUGUGCAAUGACAUCAUCUGGAGAGUUUUGGCUUCAGUGUGAAGGCAUAGUUCAGGAAUUGGAUGAUAGACGCCAAGAACUUCCUCCGGGUAUGCUGAAGCAGCUUCACACUCGAAUGCUUUUCAUACUCACAAGGUGCACUAGGUUGCUGCAGUUCCACAAGGAAAGCGGAUUGGCUGAGGAUGAACAAGUUUUCCAGCUUCGUCAAUCAAGGAUUCUGCGCUCUGCAGAUAAAAGAAUUCCUCCAGGUCUGGCAAAGGAUCCAAAGAGUUCAACUGUUAAUAAGGUCUCUAAAGCAGCUUCAGCUAGGAAAUCUUACAGUCAGGAGCAAAGUGGCAUGGAAUGGAAGAGAGACCAUGUUAUACAACCAGGAAAUUUAUUUUCACCUCCUGCCGAUCAACCCUCUAAGAAUUUGGACUCUCCUGCUAGUAGGGACCGGAUGACAUCUUGGAAAAAAUUUCCGUCUCCAGUUGGAAAAAGCAUGAAAGAAAAUGCCGAAUUGAAGGACCAGAGUGAUGGUAAGAUUGAACUUUUGAAAGCUUCAGACAACAGGAGAGGGACUUCUGACAUUGAUUCGACUACUGUGAAGCCGCCUGAGCCUUCUGCCAAGGAUUCUCAUGAACAUUCUUCCAAGCACCAACACAAACCUUCUUGGGGUUGGGGAAAUCUACAGAAUGUAUCUGACGAGAGUUCUAUGAUUUGUCGUAUCUGUGAGGAGGAGGUUCCAACUGCAAAUGUGGAAGACCAUUCAAGAAUUUGUGCGAUUGCUGAUCGAUGUGAUCAGAAGGGUAUAAGUGUCAACGAGCGUCUUGUCAGAAUUUCUGAAACCCUUGAAAAAAUGAUGGAGUCCUUUGCUCAAAAGGAUAGCCAGCAUGGCGUAGGAAGUCCAGAUGUUGCCAAAGUAUCUAAUUCGAGUGUGACUGAAGAAUCUGACGUUCUAUCUCCAAAACUGAGUGACUGGUCCCACAGAGGCUCUGAAGACAUGCUUGAUUGUUUUCCUGAAGCUGAUAAUUCAGCUUUUAUGGAUGAUCUGAAAGGUCUACCUUCCAUGUCAUGUAGAACUCGUUUUGGUCCAAAGUCUGAUCAAGGAAUGACAACUUCAUCUGCAGGAAGCAUGACUCCUAGGUCUCCGUUAUUGACACCAAGGGCCAGUCAGAUUGACUUGCUCCUUGCAGGCAAGGCUUCUUUCUCUGAGCAAGAUGAUCUUCCUCAGAUGAAUGAACUAUCUGAUAUUUCCCGUUGUGUAGCAAAUACACCUUUGGAUGAUGAUCGCUCCAUGCCGUAUCUACUGACUUGUCUUGAAGACUUGAGAGUUGUUAUUGACCGCAGAAAGUUUGAUGCACUUACUGUGGAAACAUUUGGGGCACGCAUUGAGAAGCUGAUCCGGGAAAAGUAUUUGCAGCUUUGUGAGUUAGUGGAAGAUGAAAAGGUUGAUAUAACGAGUACCGUAAUUGAUGAAGAAGCUCCUCUAGAAGAUGAUGUGGUUCGUACAAGCCCUAUACAUUUUUCCAAGGACCGGACGUCUAUAGAUGACUUUGAGAUUAUCAAACCGAUAAGUCGUGGGGCUUUUGGACGAGUUUUCUUAGCUAAAAAGAGAACAACAGGGGAUCUUUUCGCGAUUAAGGUUCUUAAAAAGGCUGAUAUGAUCCGUAAGAAUGCUGUUGAAAGCAUAUUAGCAGAACGUGACAUCUUGAUUUCUGUCCGCAAUCCUUUCGUGGUUCGAUUCUUCUAUUCUUUUACUUGUCGUGAAAACUUGUAUCUUGUGAUGGAGUAUUUGAAUGGAGGAGAUCUAUACUCAUUGUUGAGAAAUUUAGGCUGCUUAGACGAGGAGGUUGCUCGUGUAUAUAUAGCUGAAGUGGUGCUUGCUUUAGAAUAUUUACAUUCGCUUCGUGUGGUUCAUCGUGAUUUGAAGCCUGACAAUUUGUUAAUUGCUCAUGACGGCCACGUUAAGUUGACAGACUUUGGGCUUUCAAAGGUUGGUCUCAUCAACAGCACUGAUGAUUUAUCUGGUCCAGCAGUUAGUAGCACAUCCCUACUUGGAGAAGAUGAACACGAAUUAUCUCUGUCUGAGCAACAGCGAGAAAGCCGAAAGAAACGUUCUGCUGUCGGUACACCUGACUAUUUGGCACCGGAGAUACUUUUAGGAACAGGACAUGGUGCAACUGCAGAUUGGUGGUCAGUUGGUGUCAUUUUAUUUGAAUUGAUCGUUGGUAUUCCACCCUUCAAUGCAGAGCAUCCUCAGACUAUAUUUGACAAUAUUCUCAACCGUAAUAUACCUUGGCCUCGGCCUGGAGAGAUGAGCCCUGAAGCACGGGAUCUUAUUGAUCAGUUAUUGACAGAAGAUCCUAAUCAGAGACUUGGAGCUAGAGGAGCAUCAGAGGUGAAGCAGCAUCCAUUCUUUAAAGAUAUCAACUGGGACACACUUGCCAGGCAGAAGGCUGCGUUUGUUCCCACCUCAGAGAGUGCACUGGAUACCAGUUACUUCACCAGUCGUUACUCAUGGAAUCCUUCAGAUGAACAUGUUUAUCCAACUAGUGAACUUGACGAUUCCAGUGAUUCUGAUAGCCUAAGUGGCUGCAGCAGUUGCUUGAGCAACCGUCAUGAGGAAGUGGGUGACGAAUGUGGGGGCCUCACAGAGUUCGAGUCUGGCUCUUCUAUCAAUUACUCUUUCAGUAAUUUCUCAUUUAAGAAUCUCUCCCAGCUUGCAUCAAUCAACUAUGAUCUGCUUUCAAAGGGUUUUAAGGAUGAUCCAUCAGGGAAUCCCAGUGGAUAG